AUGGGUCAGCAAUUGCGUCGAGCCGUUGGGAGAAUCAGAGAAGUUGAGAGAUCACCAUCUUCUACAUCAAGGGUCGCCGUCGAUCGGAGAUCGAUUCCAACGGAAGAGCUCAGCGCCGGAAAAUCUCCGUCUACUGCCGCCGUGAAUGGUGUUUCUGGUAACCAAAAUCUUGUUCUUCACUAUUUUCUAAUUAUUUGGGUAUAUCUGAUAGAUGAAGCUGGAAGAAGCAGUGAUGAUAACGAAUUAGAAGAACGAGACCCUAAAUACGAUACAAUGUUGAACCAAAUGGUGGGGAGAAUAAGGGCUAAACCUGGAGGCAAAGCUGAGAUGGGAGAGGCGUCGUUAGUGGAAACAUCGAAAAGGCCACUCCCAAAGCUCAGGAACACAACUCCUGAAUCAACAAGGUAUGAGGAAAAACCAGUGCCUCAAGGAACGUUGAACGUAGCACAAGUGAGACACAUCAUGCUUCUCUAUCAAGGCAAGGCUCAGGAUCACAACGGUCCAAUGAGUGUGGACGAGAUAGCCAAAAAUUACAGGAUCGACGUCUCCCAGGUCCAGAAAAUCACACAGUUCCUUUCUUUGCCUCCAGAGGUUACUGAUAAGCAGAAGAAACGAUAUGAAUAA